CGGGGGUUAUUACCCACAGUGCACCGCCGCCCUUCAGAGCGCCAUCUCCUGAACGCCGCGCCGAAGCCGAGCGGGUUUCCAUUCUGCAGCGUUACUGCGUUUCAUAUCUUCGCUCUUCGUGUCGAAGCUCCAGCCUCUGGUUGAACGUUGAGCUAUGGGGGUGAAGGUGCAGCGUCCUCGCUGCUUCUUUGACAUUGGUAUCAGCAAUACACUUGCUGGCCGAGUGGUCUUUGAACUUUUCUCGGAUGUGAGUCCCAAGACGUGUGAGAACUUCCGCUGCCUCUGCACAGGUGAAAGGGGGGUUGGCAAGACUACCCAAAAACCUUUGCACUACAAGGGAUGUCUGUUCCACAGGAUAGUGAAGGACUUCAUGAUACAAGGAGGAGACUUUAGUGAAGGGAACGGCAGAGGAGGUGAAUCCGUAUAUGGAGGCUUCUUUGAAGAUGAGAGCUUCUCGGUCAAACAUAAUAAGGAGUUCCUGCUGUCUAUGGCGAACAGAGGCAAAGACACCAAUGGCUCACAGUUUUUUAUAACUACAAAACCUGCUCCUCAUCUCGACGGAAUUCAUGUGGUGUUUGGUCAGGUGAUCUCAGGCCAGGACGUGAUACGGACGAUUGAGGCCCAGAAGACGGACACAAACAGCCGACCGUACGCAGAGGUCAAGGUGCUCAACUGUGGAGAGCUCAUCCCCAAAUCCAAAGCUAAGAAAGAGAAGAAAAAGAAACAGCAGUCAUCCAGCGAGAGCAGCGAGGAUUCGGCUUCCUCCUCAGAAUCCUCAUCUGAAUCUGAAGACACAGACAAGGAUGAAAAGAAGCAGAAGAAGAAACGUAAGAAGGAACAAAAGAAGAAAAAGAAGGAACAGAAACACAAGAAAAAGGAGAAGGGUUCUGAUAAUGAAGAGGUAGAAGAGGCAGAGCCUCAACAGCCUGUUUCAUCCAUCCGUCCAGAGGAAGUCCCACCCAUCCCAGAGAACCGCUUCCUUAUGCGACGUAGUCCGCAGCAGCAGCAGCAGCCGCCCAAAGAGGAGCAAGAAAAGGAAAAACCCAAAGAGGAUUCUGGAAAAGAGAGGCAGAGAGAACGAGACAGAGACCGAGACAGACCUGUGACGAACUCGAGACCAAAUCGCACACGGCUGGUGAUGACCAGAUCGGGGCGAAGAAUUAAAGGAAGAGGCCCCCGGCGUUACCGGACUCCAUCCCGGUCUCGAUCUCGGUCGUGGGACCGAUUUCGCCGCAGUGAAACCCCCCCACACUGGAGACAGGAAAUGCAAAGAACACAGAAGGCCAUGCCGAACGCGCAGGCCACCCAUGACCGCUGGAUAAAAGGAGACAAAGGUGACAUGUCACAAGAAAAGACAGACACUGCUGAGCCCAUGGAGAAAGAAAAACCCGACGUGGAGCGGGAGAAGAAAAAUUCUGAGAGAGAGAGGAAAGAGAGCAAGCGAAACAAGUCGAGGAGUCUCUCUAAAGGUCGAGAGAGGAAGAGUGGCAGGCAUCGCUCGAGAAGCAGAGAGAGAGAUGGGCGGAAAAAGACAGAUGGAGAAACAGAAAAGAGAAAGGGGCGUAGUCGCAGCAAAAGCAAAGAGAGGAAAGGAGAGCGGGAACACAAACGCAGCAAAAUGGAUGACGGAAAGGGCCGGUCGGGCAGCAAAGACCGAAAAGACAAGGAGAGGGAUGCCAAGGAGAGGGAUGCCAAGGAGAGGGAUGCCAAGGAGAGGGAUGCCAAGGAGAGGGAUGCCAAGGAGAGGGAUGCCAAGGAGAGGGAUGCCAGGGAGAAAGAUGCCAAGGAGAAAGAUGCCAAGGAGAAAGAUGCCAAGGAGAGAGAUGCCAAGGAGAAAGAUGCUAAGGAGAAAAAAGGGAAAGAGCGUGAGAAGAGCAAAAGCAAAGAAAGGACAAAACAUACGGAAAGUGACGGAAAGGAGAAAGAAAAACAUAAAGAAGAAGGUAAAAAAGCUAACAGAGAAGAUCACCGUGAGAAAUCGCGAAGCCGAGAAAGAGAGCGCGAUCGUGAUGUCAAACCGAGGUCCGGGUCUAGGGGGCGUGGCCAGAGAGGGUCACGUGACCGAGACAGACGAGACAGGGACAGACGCCAAAGCAGCAGCAGCCGAGACAGAAAGUCAAGGAAAUCGAAAAGUAGAGAGAGAGAAAGGGGCAGAGAGCGGCGGAGAGAGGGAGAGGACAGGGAGAAAAGGAAGAAUAAUGAAGAAAGCAAGAGCAGAGAGACCAGAGGGAGAGAGAGAAGCUCUAAAGACCGCUCUGGCCAUAAACACAGAAGCAAAGACAGGAGUGACCAGCAGAGUGAUGACAAACAGAAGCGACGGAGAAGAAUGAGCAGCAAGAGCAGUGACUCGGACAGCGACAGAGAUAAACGUAAGAGAAGGACAAGGAGCAAAAGCCCCAAAUCCAGAGAAAGGGCUAAAGACCAAUCACGCAGUCCCAGGAGAGACAGAAAUCAUCACCGGAAUCAGAAAAAGGACUCGAGCUCCAGUGACAGCGACUAACCUCCCUGCCCCCGCGCUGAGAGAAGUACUCCUCUGUUUUUCAAGCUGAUGUAUGUCAUAUUUGUACAAUAUGGUCGAUUACCACAGACGAUAAUUUCACCUCAUUUGAACAGAAAACACCUCAGAGCACCAUUGAUGGAAGCCAGUGGGCACCUGGUUCAGCUGCCUGGUGACUUCUGAAUGUUUGUAGUCAACAAAUUCUGUUUUUUCGAAAUACGAGGAAACUAAGUAGUAAUUGACUAUGUUACAGAUGCGGCAGGUUAGGCUGAAAAACGUUGGUGUAUGAUUUUUAAAACCCCCGUCUUCAACAUUGAUGAGCUGCCCCAUAAGAACAUUUAUGAACAAGGAUGUUUCUGCUUUGCAUUUACACUCUUUUCCUUUUAUAUUGACUUGUGCACACAGAUUUAGUUGAACUGGAAGCAAAAAGACUGCAAAUUUCAGCUGGUCCUUGAUCAGGAAACUUUGUAGUUCUUUUCUCUCUCUCGUUCCCUUUGUUCUCCCCUCCACCAUGUUGUGAUGCAGGCCUUUUUCCUCCCCUGCACAGUCUAUUUUCUUUGCCUGUUUUUGAGAUAGAAUUAAUGUUUGGUUGCAAAAUUUUUACUCUGAUAAAAUGGUUAAUGUUUUUGCCUUUCCCCAUGUUGCUGUCUUGAGCUGUGUGGUUCUUAAUCUGUAGGGAGAGAUAAGGGGUGGGAAUCUGUAUUUUGGAGUUUUAUAUGGGUUUUAUGUUUGUAAUAACAUCCUGAUGCAAGUGUCAGUUCAGUCAAACUUGGGAAUUAAAACUGAUUCUGAAAUGGGAAUUGUCUUGUGACCUGUCAUUUUCUUUUACGGUCAUGUGUUUCUUUUUAUUUCUGGAAAUGACUGUUCGAAAAGGACGAUUCAGCUGUCCGUUCCUGUCACGACUCGGGACUCGAGAUUGAAGUAUCGCAAAAUUGAAGCCAGAGGGGAAAAAGUGCGAGCAGAACUGGUUGAGUCAGGAUCGCUGAACUGAAUGUGGUAAUGAAUAAAACCUGAUUUUCUGUA